GUUCUAUCAUUUUAAUAUUUAAAAUUAAAAUAUGUGUAUGUAACAUUGCAAUGGGAUUCUUGACAGUCGGAGCUCCCUUGAGCUUCGAGGAGACCGCAAAACGCGCGGAGAGGAUUAGAUUGCUAGGUACAUUGCAACUGCUCCGUUGCUACUUACGUAACCAUGCACGCAAGGAUCCCGUCAGAUGCUUCGGUCACGAGGUGGAGUAUAUGCUAAUUCACUUAAACCAGCGCACGAGGGAGGCUAAGUUAAUGCCCUGUGCACCUCAUUUGCUGAAGAAUGUACCGGAUAUAAGCGAGCCUGAUGGCGACCGUUUUAUAUUCAUGCCGGAAUUUGCUUCUUAUAUGGUAGAAGCUACGCCAAAGGAGCCCUGGCGCCUGGACCAGGAUUACAUUCUGGAGCUUGUCGAUUGGUUCAAGGGCGCACGCAGACAUAUUCGAUCUGCGGUUGAGCGUAUGGGAAUUCGAAAUGUAUAUCCAUUUACGCUUACUUCAUUCCCUUUACUUGGUACUCCAAACUCAGUUUGCGAAUAUCCAAUGCAUCCGUUGGUCAGGGAACCGGCGAUGUUAAGUGACUUUUGCAGUGAUAUUCUGGUAAACCCUCAUCCGCGCUUUGGCACGCUUGCGCGUAACAUUCGCUGCCGCCGUGGGAAGAAGGUACAUAUAUAUUCCCCACCGUUUAUACAGCACGUGGCCAUAGGUUCUGAAACCAAGCGUUACUAUACCAACUACUUGCCUGAUUCUGGGACGCCGGAGCGGCAUGGUGAUGAGUAUACCACUCAUCAGAUGCCUCCCGGGCAGUUACAGCUUGCUUCUAACCCUGUUGCCUAUAAGCAGGAUAACUAUAACCCUUCAACUGAUGGGAAUAAUGACUUUUACGGUGAAGCCCAGGCCAUGCUUGCAACUGACUUCAUUCGCUCUGAUACCACUAUUGACGACCCGGCAUUGGCCGAGGAAAUAGAUCGGCUGGUGUUAUCCAGUGACGUCAAGGACAUUGUGCCCAAACCAACCGUUGAGCCAAAGAACUUUGAACCCAUAUACAUGGAUGCAAUGGUUUUUGGCAUGGGUAUGUGCUGCCUGCAGACGACGUUCAGUUGCGUUGAUGAAGCGGAAGCACGGUACCUCUACGACCAGCUAACGGUGUUGGCUCCACUGUUCCUUGCACUGACGGCUGCCACUGCUGCCCACAAGGGGUUGAUGUCAUCCCACACCACCAGGUGGCGUGUGCUCUCACAGUCAGUAGAUGAUCGCCGUGAUGAGGAGCAUGAGCGUGUGCCGUUCUCGAGAUUUUCUACCGUCUCGCUCUAUAUAUCCAAGGACCCGUUUUUACUUGCGAAUUACAGCAAGUUAAAUGAUGUACCUGUUCCGUCAACUGGUGUAGUGUAUCAAGCUUGCAUAAGAGCUGGUAUUGACCGGGUCAUAGCACGGCACUUCGCUGCAAUCAUGUCAAGGGCGCCUUUGGUGGCAUUCCAGGAGGACUUGAGUGCAGUGGAUAUCCAUGCUACCGACGCCCAUUUUGAAGCGUUCCAAAGCACUAAUUGGAAUACCGUGCGGUUUAAACCGCCACCACUGAAGGACGGUGGCUACCCGAUACCAUGGCGAGUGGAAUUCCGUUGCUGCGAGGCCCAGUUACGUGACAAGGAGUCCAUGGCCGUGGUGGCAGUAAUCGCUUUGAUGGUACGGGUUAUGUUGAAGGAACGCUGGAACCUGUAUAUUCCAAUGUCAUUGGUGCACCAAAACAUGGAAAUAUGCGAUGCCCAGGACGCAAUCAUGAACCACAAGUUCCACUUUGUCAAUAACAUGUUCUGCAACAACGGGUCUACUAACAAGUUUACACUACGUGAAAUAUUCUUCACUAACGACCACCUAAGUCUAUUCUACAGGUGUGCAAGCCACUUGGAUAUGGAACUUAGGUCGGGAGCUAUAUCACAGGAAUCCUAUGACGUGCACAUGGAGAGCCUCAAACUGAUGAAGGGGCGAAUGUGCGGCACGCACGCUACAAACUCGCAAGAAAUUAGAAACUUCUUCCUCAGCCACCGGGAGUUUACCGGUAACGGCACAGUAUCACAACGAAUGGUCUACGAUAUGUUAAGCGCAAUCGCCGAGUAAAAUGGCAA